AAUUUCCAUGAAGACCGUUUUACGGGAACCACUGUAGGGUCAUCUAACGAAGCUCGGCCAUGUCUGCACGAUACACAAAUACCUCAGACUAAUCAGCAUAACCUGCCCUCUGCCAGUGUACUAAAAUGCCAGGCCAAUACCUACUUAAAGAUGCAUUCCUAAACAUCUCGUCCUCUCAUACAUUCAACUUGGUGUAGUGGAAGGGUGUUUUCAUGGUCUUAGUGGUCAUAAGGAUUCUACAUCAACAGAAACACACACACACACACACACACACACACACACUAAUUAUCCCUUGGUCUUGAAUAGUCCUAAUAAUUGAGAGAACAAAGCGUUUAAGAAUAUCAGUCCUUUAACAGUUUUCACGAUCCUUGUGGUAAUUUAACAAGAUUUCUACAGCAUCAGUGAAAAGAAACAAGUAAAUAAAUAAAUAAAUAAAUAAGAACACUCCUAGGCUAUUUAUCUUUGGGUUCUGAAAAUGGUCAUGAUUAGAGAACAAAGCGUUUGAGAAUGACGGGCUUUUAUUAAUUAUUUAACGUAUGCCACGAUCCGGUCAAGUGGUACGGGGCUUCACGUGUACAGCCACACCCAUACACGGAGUAAGACUGACAUGGUCACUGGUUAGCCUAUGUAUAAACACAGCCAGGUGGUGUGAGGCGGCCUGACCACCGCGGAGGGAAGGUGUGUCCGUAUUAAAAUAGACAGUGACGCAGUACCUGAGACUCCAUUAAUACCCUCAGUGCGUCAUACCAUCUUCCUCGCCACCAAAACCACCACCAACACCAACGCCAUCACCUCCAUCAUCCUCUCCAGCACAGCCGUCAUCACCAUCAUCACUGCCAUGCCGCCGUCUCCUCCACCAUCUAUGCAGAAAUGGUAGAAUGACUGGCUGUGGGAAGCAUUCCCACUGCUCAGCUUCUCGCCGUCCCCAGCAACCAUCCAAUCCGACCCCCAAUUCCACCUCCUAGAAAUCUCCAGAAAUCUAGGGUUCUUCCACACAUCAAUUCAUCUCAUCUCAUGGAAGCCUCACCCACUUCUCACUUACCAUCCUCUUCUGAAGUCUUCCCAAAUCUAUCUCCUUCUCCCCCACCACACCCACCCUCAUAUUCCACCUCUGAACUCCCUGCAGCUGACCUUCCCCCUCCACCACCCCUCACACUUUGGCAGGAGAUGGCUUCUCCUUGUUACAUGUGCUGUUACGAUCCACCAUCCCCAGAAAUCAAAUCAGAAUAUGAUCCAAAACUUCCUCCUGGUUUCUUUUCUACACCUGACAUCUUUCCUUCAUCUCCUCCACCACCAGUUCACCCUCCUCCUCGACCUUCCCCUCCCCCUCCACCAACUCCGCCAAUGCGUCACAUGUCUGAAGUCUCAUCCUCUCCACACAAUGUCACCACCUUCAGUGACAUGAUGGGUCUCCAUUCUAAGUCGACUGAGGAUUCUCCUGACUGCGAGGAUAAUUCAGUAGACACCUGCUCUACUGUCAGUUUUGUGUCAUCAUCAACACUGACAGCGGCUGACUUUCAAGCACAAGACUCAGAUUUGUCUUCACUUCCUCCCCAUGACCUACGUGUGUCACCGCUCUCCACUGAUGCUGUCACACUAUCCUCUCAAGUCAGCAUUGACAGCAUAACUCCCUCCCGUGAUGUCUCACUCACUCCAAGUUUCCUUAGUGCCAGUCAUGAAUACAUGUUUUACUCAAACACUUCAGAACUUUUAUCACAAGCAUCAGUGCUCAUGGGCACUUUCCAGGAUACUUCACUGUCACCUAAUCCAUUGCUUUCCUCCCUCUUUGUGGCUUCAAAGUCAGAACACCAAGGUUCCUCAACACAAACACCUGAACCAUACAGACGAAUGGAAUCUAUCAAGAGUGAGGAUGGAAGCUUUGUUCCCAGUGAAAUUUCUCGCUCCACCACUGACACUGCUGGUCCAGCAAUAAUGGCAUCACCACUCUCCACUGAUAUACCCUCAAUACCCUCCCUUCCUACUGACCUGGACUCAGUGUCAUCAGGCUUUGGUUCUCUUACAACAGACACAUGGUCAUUCUCAACAGAAGUGGACUCCCAGCUAGAGGAUGCAUCCAUUGUAAGGACAAAAGCUAAUGACUCUUCAGCUGCAGACACAGCUUACAUUACAGCUGAAAGUGAGGCAGCAUCCUUUACAGGUUCCAGUAUUGUCACACCUAUGCCAUCAGAUAACCUCACGCCUCAUUUUGCAAGUCCUGCAACCACACCUGUUCAGUCUCCUCUCCCUUCUUCUCUACUCCCAUAUUUGUCUAAAUCUGAAUCCCCCAUGAACCCAGAUCCUACUGGAUCCCUAAAUAUAGUUUCAUUAAAAUCCUUACCAACAGCUAAUGGAGAGUUUUCAUCUCUGUUGUUAUCUGUUGCUCCCAUACCACAGACAGACCAACUUGAGCACAACUCUUCUCCCUGCCAUGGUUUCACUCUCUCUCCACAAAGUCACUCUUCUGAUCUACUUGCAUCCCAGCCUUUCUCUUCUCAGGCUACUGAUCAAUGCAUGAAUUGCACUAAAGAGAACUCGGCCAGCGUAAAUAUACUCUCUGAGUCAACUCAACUGGACCUAGAUGUCAACUCUUCUUUACAAAGAACUAGCUGUGAUGAGAAAAUAGGAAGUCUUGGAGUGUCUCACAGCACAGCCUCACAAGAAAAUGGGCAAUUCUCUGAUCAAGUAAUUCAAGUAGCAGUGGUGCAGAGGAGUAGUGUGGUGGAAAAGGAAGAAGAAAUGAAAGACUCUAACACCGAUGGAGAGGAAAAUAAAGAAUCAGCUGAUGAACAAGAACAAGGUGGAAGUGAUAGUAAUGUGCAAAAAGAAGAGAACCACAAUGGAGGAGUUGGUGAUGUGAUGAUAUGCAGAGAGAAUGAUGACAACCAUGUUAUGAAGGAUGUGAAUGGAAAUAUUAGUUACCUAGAUCUUGAAAAUGGUCAUGAAGCACAGUUGGAGAAUAAAGAAGAUGUGGGUGAGAGCAGACCUGAGGUAAAAAGUAUAGAAACCCAAAGUAUAAAAGUUUGCACCAUUCAGCCUGAUGCAGAGGUGUUUAAAAGAAAUACUGAAUGUCAAGAGAACAUGUUGGAGAUGUUAUCAUCACACUCAUCCCCCGUGCCCUCUGGUACUUACAGCAUCACUCCAUCAUCCUCUGGCAUAUCUUGCAGUGAUACCUUAUACCUUUCUCCCAAGACAAAUCCUGUUAGUCACACUGUAAGAGACACUUUAUCUCCAUCCAAUGGAGCACCAACAUCCACAUGCUGCAGUCAAGCUUCCUCUGAACUUGAGUCUUGUAGAGCAGCACAAGCAUCAUCAUUGUCACCUAAAGGAGCCAUGGAUCUUCUUGAUGCAAUGGUCAUGGAUUUGGAGAACAUAUCAGCUGACCUUCCAGCCUCUGCAACCUCAAGGCCCCUAGACCUUCCACAUACUGUACCGGUCUCUGUACUGAGCAUGGUUGACCAGGGUGUGACUCACACUCCUACACUAAGUAAGAUUCCUAAUGUUAAAGAUGCCCAGGAUAGAGACCCUGAGGAACUGAAAGUGGAAGAUUGCCAUCUCGUAAAAUCUUCCCAUUUUCAUGUUUCACCACCUCAUCCAACUUCCACCAUAACUACCUUGUCAUCGCACACUUUUCCUCCAACACCCAUUGUGUCAUCACAUGCAUGUAUGAGUGAAUAUUCCAGCAACCAAUCCAAAUGUGUUUCUUCCCUACAUCCCUCAUUAACCACUAAUACUGAAAACUCUGAUUGUAGUGUGUCCCUCACACCCUGGGACAUGCCUCAUCCAGACCCUUUUCCUUCAUCUGCCAUUUCUGAUGACUAUACUAACAUGACUUUAUUUAUGAAUGACAACAGUGAAUCUGCCUCUAAGGAAAAAGUCCUUUUAGGUUCCCAUUUAACUGAUUUGGAGUGUGGGAUGCCUCUCCCCUCACUGUGUUCUUCUCCUAAACCCGGCAGCCUCCUGGAUGGUCAGCCUUCACCCUCGCCAGCACCCCGUCCCAGGACCCCUCCAACACCACCUCCUCGCUCCUGCCACAACACUCCCAGGUCACAUCUAACACCCCCGCAACCCCCAGUGCGGCAGUACAUGCUCGUGCCCAUUAACAUCCCUCCUGGAGCAUCUCGGCAGCCUAGCCCCCCACCCGCACCACCCAGAUCCACUUCUGUACGCAGGUCCUCACCACCACCCCCUCCCCGUCCCAGUGCCCCUCUCUUGCCUGAGUGUAGCAGGGGACCACCACUGCCUCCACUCCCUUUUUCCUCUUGUGUCACUCCACAGCCUGCACUCACUCCUGUACCAGAGGAAUCCUCAAAUCCACAGUCACCUGUCCUCCCCAAAAGUCCCCACUUGGGUUCUCCCAUAAGAGAAGGUGUCACUUCCCAAACAUUUUCACCACCAGACUCAUUAGCCAUCUCCCAGCAGCACCCAUCAGUACCUCAAUCACUCUCCCGCAGUGGCAGUGAAGAUCCCCCGACCCUUCCACCUCCCCCAGAAGACGAGCAGGAAGAUGAGGACUUGCCACCCCCACCUCCUCCCCCUCCUCCUGUUGAAUCAGAUGAAGUUGCUCCUCCACUACCUCUUCCACCUCCUCCCUCACACAUAUUCCUAAGUCCUUCAACACACUCUUCUACCCCAGGCAAGAGUGAACAGUCUUCCCCUCUCUGUCCACAGCAAAAGGCUGCCCUUCCUGGCUCAUGUAUGGCUGCUUCACAUACUAACCAAAGUAGUGCUCCUUCCUCAGAUCCUGACCUGCCAACACCUCCAGUAGAUGAAGUAGCAACCCUGCUGCCACCUAAGAUUUCCAGCAUCAUUACCUCAUCUCCAAUGUCAAACUCCCAAGCAAUAGAUGUUGCCAAUGCCUCUUCCCUGCCCCUCAUCCCACCUCCCCCGCAUGCUCCUCCACCCUAUCCCCCGCUGCCCCCAUGUACUCCAGGACCUAAUGUGGAGAAGGCAGCAAAAUCCCCCCUCAUCACCACGUCCCCAUAUGGAAAGAUGGUGGUGGUACGCUCUGACCUCCCACUCCCAACACCUGAAGAAGAGGUGAGAGUCACCUUCAGUGCAGCGAAAGACUGGGGCUUUCUAGCAGAAUAUGAGGACACCUUGUCUGUGUACACUCAGCUGCGACCUGUCAUCCAGCAGGGACCCCAAUGUGGACUGGUGGCACUCAGCAUGGCUUCACAGGUGUUCCCUCAGACCGUGGAGGUGGAGGAGAUGCUGGAAACAGGGAGGGCACUGGGUGUCACACGGCAUGGCGAGAUGUUCAGCACAACAGCACUGGCACAGUUAGCAGAAAAAACUGUAACAGGGCUGCAAGCAGAGGUGAGGCGGGAUGUGCUCAGCAGUCCUGCCACCCUUCUCCAGCUUCUGCUGCAGGGUGACCUUAUACUGGUCCCGUAUGAUGCGGAGAGAAACCAUCAGCCUGGUCUAAAAAGUGGCCACAAAGCUCACUGGGGUGUGGUGUGUGGGUGUUUGGUACAAAGCAGUUCCCUCACUUUCCCCACAGCUGCUGCCAAGCUUGAUUCCCAUGUGGACAAUCUGUGGCACCUGAGGCCCCGCAGCAGGGCAGGGAGGAGCAGGAGUGUCACCCCUUGUCCUCCCGCCUUGUCAGGUUCCCCCAUGGUAGGCCAAAGAGGUCUAAAGACUCUGGACAGGACAGGUGGCUGUGAGGGAAAUCCCUCAAAUAUGAGCUGCAGUCGUGUCACCACACCAAUGUUGUCUGACCUGCAGCAUGAUGACGAACUGAGACUAGUGGCACUGUGGCGACAAGGCAAGAGUCGCAAAGUGGUAGCAGCCCCUCUGGACCAGCUGUGUGAAAGUAAUGAUCAGCUAGUAUCUUAUCCUCCUCCUGCCACUCCACAGGAGUUAGAGUACGUGGUGGAAUCAGUACAGGAAGGGUUAGCAGGGCAGGUGGUGGUGUUACACAAGACCAAAGCAGCACUUUCAGACCUAGUAGGUCUUCUGCAGGAAAAAUAGAUAAUUUUAUGUUCAUCUCCAUCACAGCUUGCAUUAUGAUGUUGCUAAACUCAGUAACUUAAGUAGUUCUGUUCCACUCAGAGACUACAUAACUAUUGAACCCACAAAGCACAGGUAAAACCACUUUGAACAAACCAGCUGUGCCUUACUCUUACCUGAGUUUCAAAGUAUGUAAUGGAUAACUGUCUUAAUGUUAACCUGACUGACUGAUUUGCCUUAUAACAUCCAAUAAUAAGAUAAAAUAAAAUGUUGCUUUGA